GAACCACGCCUGUCCACCCUUUCCUUUCAAAACAUAAUCUUGUCAACCAUGAAGUUUUCUGUAUUCCUUGCUGCAAGCUCGGCAUCCCUUGCCCUUGCGGUGCCUGCGUCCUCUAUUCAGAAGCGUGCAGACUUCUGUGAUCAAUGGGGCUCUCAAGUCAAUGGCGCCUACACCACCUACAACAACCUCUGGGGCAAGGCUGAUGCUACUUCCGGAUCUCAAUGCACUGGAGUUGACGGCCUCAGCGGCAACACACUCAAAUGGCAUACCUCGUGGUCAUGGGCUGGCGGUCAGGGAAAAGUCAAAUCCUUUGCCAACGUAGUAACAAACAUCAACAAGAAGUCGCUUGCGUCGAUCAAGUCCCUCCCUUCAGUCUGGCAGUGGACCUACACCGGCAACAACAUCAUCGCAGAUGUAGCCUACGAUCUCUUCACUUCGAGUACACCCACCGGCAGCGAAGAAUACGAGGUCAUGAUAUGGCUUGCUGCCCUUGGCGGCGCUGGUCCCAUCUCCGCUACUGGCAGUCCCAUCGCUACCGUCACCCUUGCAGGCAACAGCUGGAAGCUGUACAAUGGCAAGAACGGCCAGAUGAACGUGUUCAGCUUCGUCGCUGAGAAACAAGUUCAGAACUUCAGUGGAGACCUCAUGGACUUUCUCAAGUAUCUUACUUCCAAGCAAGGCCUUCCCAGCAGUCAAAUUCUGAUUAGCGCUGGUGCUGGUACUGAGCCUUUCUCUGGCAGCAACGCCAAGUUCGUUACCAGCGCGUUCAGCUUGGCCGAAAACUAGAUGGCUUGGUAGAUCUGCGCGCUGAACACACUGCUUCUCACCAGUAUGGAUGCAGAAAUUCUUGUAUAUAUCUUUCCGUUAUGGUGGAGUGUGGGACUUUAGUCUUUGUACAUACUGAUAGGACUAAGUAUGCUAUCGUGGACCACAUUCACUCGUCCCUUUCUCUAUUCAUUCGCAUG